UUGCAUUGUAACUGUCUUUAUUAUUAUUUUAAAAAAAAUAAUUUUUUUUGAAAAAAGACAAGUUUCUCGAGGAAGGAUCCAAAGCCCAAUGAAUGAAUGGUUAUCGUUUUGAAGAAGCUUUUGAUGGCAGUGCUCUGGGACUGAACAACUGAAACUAUUAGAUUCAAUUUAUUCGCUCCUUUCUUCACUGAACCAAAAUUGAAUUGAAUGGAUGCUAUCAGAAAGCAAGCCUCCAAGCUUCGAGAACAGGUCGCUCGCCAGCAACAGGCUGUUCUGAAGCAGUUUGGGGGUGGCGGUUAUGGAGGUUCAGAUAAUGUGGUUACUGAUGGAGUGGAGCUCCAGCUACACCAGAGACUUGAGAAACUUUAUAUAUCGACACGUGCGGGGAAGCAUUAUCAAAGGGAUAUUGUUCGAGGUGUAGAAGGUUAUAUUGUUACCGGGUCCAAGCAAGUGGAAAUAGGAACAAAGUUGUCAGAAGACAGCAGGAAAUAUGGUGCAGAAAAUACAUGUACCAGUGGUAAUACACUGUCGAGAGCUGCACUAAGUUUUGCGCAAGCCCAUGCUCAAAUUGAGAAGGAGCGUGGAAACUUACUAAAAGCUCUUGGGACACAGGUUGCAGAGCCAUUAAGGGCAAUGGUGGUGGGAGCUCCAUUGGAGGAUGCUAGGCAUCUUGCUCAACGUUAUGACAGAAUGCGACAGGAAGCGGAAGCCCAGGCUAUUGAAGUUUCUAAACGCCAGGCAAAAGUAAGAGAAAUGCCACCCAAUGGAGAGAAUGCUAUGAAAUUAGAAGCAGCUGAAGCUAAGCUGCAGGAUCUGAAGACAAACAUGACCAUACUGGGGAAGGAAGCAGCUGCAGCUUUGGCUGCUGUUGAAGCACAGCAACAGAGGUUAACUCUUCAGCGUCUUAUAGCUAUGGUUGAAGCAGAGCGUUCCUAUCAUCAAAUAGUCCUACAAAUACUUGAUCAGCUUGAGGGAGAGGUGACAUCAGAGCGACAACGAAUUGAAACCCCCACUACUCCUAGUCUGGAUAACAGCAUGCCACCACCUCCGUCAUAUGAAGAAGUGAAUGGUGUCUUUGCUUCUCAGGCACACAAUGGAUCAACAGAUAGCAUGGGUUACUUCUUAGGAGAGGUUUUAUUUCCAUAUUCUGCUGUAUCUGAAGUGGAGCUAAAUCUAUCAGUUGGUGAUUACGUUGUUGUUCGAAAGGUGACAAACAGCGGAUGGGCCGAGGGUGAAUGCAAAGGCAGGGCAGGUUGGUUUCCGUUUAGUUACAUUGAACGGAGGGAGCGGGUUCUUGCGAGCAAGGUGGCUGAAGUGUUUUAACUUUUAAGAUUUUCCUGUUGGGUUGGUUUCUUAACCUGCGAAUUUUGUAUGUAUGUUUUGAUUUUGUAAAACAAAUUGAUUUGAGAUAUAGAUGCCAACUUUUCCUUUUGUGAUCAUCUUGUAGAAUUUAUAAAUGAAUUUUUUGUUAUCCAUUUUUAUUUUAUUCCA